AUGUACAACAAUGUAGAAGAAUUAUGCAUCGCGAAUUUUUUUAGAGUGGUACAUAGGAAGGUUAAAGUGUUGGAGCUUAUUGAAUGCUUUUGGGAACCACCAGAAUUUAAUGAGAUUAUGCUUUGCUGGGAUGGAGUGUCUAGGGGAAAUACGGGUAUAGCCGGGGUUGGUGCUAUAGCUCGUGGUGUUGAUUUAAGUGUGUUGGGUGCGAUGUGGGUUGGUUUUGGGAUUCAAACAAACUAUUUGGCUGAAAUCUUUUGUGUCAUUAUUGGUUUGGAGUGGGCACUCAAAUUUGGUAUAGGAAAUGUUUGCAUUCGUACAUAUUCUUUGGCUGCGGUUACGGUUUUUUCUGGUAAUAUUUUGGAUCUUCCUUGGUUCAUUCAGAGUAGGUGGGUAUCUGUUAGAGCAAGGUAUAACAACAUUCGUUUUAUUCACAUUUUUAGAGAAGCAAAUUUUUCUGUUGACGCGUUAGCAAAAAAGGAUGCUUGCUACAAAAUGAAGAAGGUCUUAGUUUUGAUAAUAUACCAGAUUUUAUAA